GAAUUAUGCUUCAGCAAAAAAGAAAAAGAAAAAAAAUUGCUUCAUAUAAAAUGCUCAUAGAAUAAAACCUAAAACCCUCUUGCUAAAACCCGUGUCUCGUAUCGUCGCCGGUGUUGGGCUUCCAUCUGUUUUCCUUCUUCGAAUUGCUUCAUUUUCUAACCUUUAUCUGUUGUUUCUCUUCUUGAUUUCUUCUGUCAUGGCUCGAUUUCGUAAAAAUAAGAGGAUUCCCUUUGUCAGACCGAUUGGUAAGAAGCAGGCCUCUGUAGACCAUGUAACGGGAGACAAGAUUCCGAAGAGUUUCGUGUUUGCUCGAGGCAAAUUGCCCGCUGUUCUGAGACAAUUGCAAAUUGAUUUGAGAAAAUUGAUGCUUCCUUUCACUGCUUUGAAGCUCAAGGAAAAAAAGCGUAACAACAUCAAAGACUUCUUGAAUGUUGCUGGACCAAUGGGAGUUACUCAUUUUCUAAUUUUGUCGAAAACUGAGAGCUCUCCAUACCUGAGGGUGGCUCGGACGCCUCAGGGUCCGACUCUUACCUUCAAGAUUCAUGGAUAUUCGCUGGCUGCAGAUGUUGUUAAGUCUCAAUUGCGCCCGAGAUGUCAUAAAGAUCUUUUUCAAAAUCCUCCUUUGAUUGUGUUAUCUGGCUUUGGGACGGGAGAGCAGCAUCUAAAGCUUACUACAAUAAUGUUUCAGAACAUAUUUCCCGCUAUCGAUAUAAAUACUGUCAAACUUUCGUCGUGCCAACGGAUUGUGCUACUUAAUUACAACAAAGACACAAAACUUAUUGAUUUCCGGCACUACUCAAUCAGAUUACAGCCUGUUGGAGUGUCUAGAAGAGUGAGAAAGUUUGUCCAGAACCAUCAGGUGCCUGAUUUGAGAAGUCUUCAGGAUGUGAGUGAAUUUCUGACGAGGGCUGGUUAUGGGUCAGAAAGCGAAGUGGAUGAUGAAGCAGCAACUGUGACUCUACCGACUGAUCUUGGUAGAGUGAACCGGGCAUCAAAUAAGAGUGCCGUCAAGCUUCAAGAGAUUGGGCCUAGGAUGACACUUCAGCUCGUCAGAAUUGAAGAAGGAUUAUGUACUGGUGGAAUCAUUUUCAGUGAAUUUGGAGACCAUAUAUCAACCAAGGAUGAGAAAACCCAAAAUGCAGGUGAGCAACCUGAGGAUGAAGAUGAGGAAGAGAAAGAAGACGACGACGAAGAAGAAGAUAAUGAAGAUGAAGAUGAAGACGAAGAACAAGAUAACGAGGACUAACUCUUGUAACAUAUCAAAUCAUCGUAACUUACUGUUUUCCUUUCUGUUAACAGAGAGCAGAAAUCUUUGUUUUUAACGAUUUACAUUCUUCUGUAAUUUAGUCCCUUUUGACAAUUUUGUUCAAGCACGAAGUGUAUUCCUAGAAAAAAUAGGGCUUUUGAUUUAUGUAAUUUUACAAGACAGUUUAUAUCAUGUUAUGUUAUAUAGAGAUGAAGUUGGCUUUUGCA